CCUAAAACGUUCGUCAGGAUGAUGCAGGAGAUCACAGACCAGUCCUCCAGGACUGUGCUCCUGAACACGUUCGUGGUGAAAAAGAAACGGUGCAGGGUCUACUUUCAUCGCGGCACGUUGAUCUGGGAAACUGAGAAACCACCUUACACGAGAUGGACGUUGCCCAUGUCGGACGUGUUGGCCGUGCGUUACGGGGACGAUUGGAUACCAGGGGCGAGCACGAAGGAGAAGCAACCCCCGACGUCCCCGACCUCGCCCACGGUAUGUCCGACGAAUUUCAUUUUGCACUACGCCGUACGCGUGGAGAAAAACAAAUGGAGCCAUCACAGCGUCACUAUGAGCCACACCGAUCCGCGACAGGUGGCUUCUUGGGUGAAAACCAUACGCAACUACCUCAUGGGGCUGACGCACCGUCCCCGGAAGAUCCUGAUAUUCGUGAAUCCAUUCGGCGGUAAGAAAAAAGGAUUGAAGAUCUGGGAGAAGGACGUGCAACCGUUGAUGACCAUCGCGGGCAUCGAGACCAAGAUGUUGGUCACUGAGAGGGUUGGCCACGCCCGUGACACGCUUCUAACCGCGGAUUUGAGCGACUUCCAUGCGGUGGUGUGCAUCGGCGGGGACGGCACCCUGGCCGAAGUGAUCAACGGUUUGGUGCUGAGGGCCUCCAGGGACAGCCAGAUCGAUCCGAACGAUUCCGAUGUUAGGCUACCGACACCUCCGUUACCGAUCGGCGUGGUACCAAGCGGCAGCACCGACACGAUAGCGUACAGCCUCCACGGGACGACCGACGUGCAAACCGCCGCGAUACAUAUCAUUUUUGGCGACAGCACCGGCCUCGAUAUAUCGUCCGUGCACAACGACCGAUCCCUGCUCAGGCUGUACGCCAGCGUUCUUAGUUACGGUUACCUCGGGGACGUGGUCAGGGACAGCGAGAAAUUUCGAUGGAUGGGACCGCAGAGAUACGACUAUUCCGGUUUCAAGAAGAUCAUCGCGAACAAAGGUUACGAGGGUGAGAUCCAGCUGCUAUCGGACCCUUGUCAUCCGGCAACCAGCACGAGGUGCACGAAAAAUUGCAGCAGGUGUUUGCAACACAUGCACAACAGUAUCCCCGACAAAGAAAUAUCGAGAUGGAUGACAGUCCGAGGUAAAUUCUUCAUGGUGAACGGUGCUAAUCUGGCCUGUGCCUGCUCCAGGAGUCCGAUGGGAUUCAGUCCUCACUGUCACGUCGGGGACGGCUGUGUCGAUGUGAUUCUAGUCCGUCACACUUCUCUUCUGAACAACAUCAGAAUGUUGCUGAGGAUGUCCAGUAAACAGAAGACUCUGUACGAUCUUCCGUUCGUCGAGGUGUACAGGGCCAGAGAGUUCACGUUUCGAGCGUUGCCAACGAUGCACAUGCAGUCCGAGAACCAGACGAGCACACGUUACAUGAACUCGAGCUUGAGCGUGUGGAACUGCGACGGCGAGGUGAUCGAUAACUCGAACGUGAAGAUCAGGUAA